UUCCCUCUCCUUCCUUAUUAUGAUGCUCCUCCCUCAAACUGAAUGCAGUAAUUUCGACGAGUAGAUGUCAGGUUAUUUACUGGAUAUGCACGAGUAUUUUAGGAGAUAUCGAGGACUCAUUAUCUAAUUUCGUGUACCGGUAUUUUCUUUGUUGGAAACGAAGAUAAUUGCGACUGACGACGAAUAACUGAAGACCACGUAGUUGCUUUUCCUCAGCGGUGGUUUUCGCAUUGACAGCUAUGCAUUCAACUUUCUGUACAUUAUAGAUCAUUGACUAUAUUUAGACUAUUUCACAACCGUGACAAUGUAUCAAGUUAUAAAAGGACUUAUUCUAACACACUCCCGAUGCUGGGAUCCCGACAGUGAAAGUUCAUACCAGGACCUAUUUGAUAAAUUGGACACCAAUAAGGAUGGAAAGGUGGAUAUUGCCGAAUUGAGAGCGGGCCUAACCGCAAUGGGCAUAUCGUUCCGCAAAGGUGCAGCACAGAAGAUUGUGUCAUCUGGAGACAAAAACAAAGACGGAGGCCUCGACUUCAAUGAGUUCUCCAAAUAUCUGAAAGAACACGAGAAGAAGCUGCGCUUGACGUUCAAAAGCUUGGAUAAAAACAACGAUGGCUGCAUUGAUGCUUCUGAGAUCCAGCAGUCCCUUGAAGAGCUGGGAAUGGAAAUAACCCAGGAAGAGGCUCAGACGAUUCUACAAAGCAUGGACAUUGAUGGCAGCAUGAUGGUGGACUGGAACGAGUGGAGGCAACACUUCCUGUUCAAUCCUGCCCAUAACCUAAAUGAAAUCAUACGCUACUGGAAGCACACCUCUGUGCUGGACAUAGGAGAGAGCAUUGCCAUCCCUGAUGAGUUCACAGAAGAGGAAAAGACCUCGGGAGGCUGGUGGAAACAGCUAGCUGCUGGGGCAAUGGCAGGGGCGGUCUCUCGCACAGGCACCGCCCCCCUGGACAGGGUGAAGGUUUUCAUGCAGGUCCACUCGUCUAAGACCAACCGCAUCACCCUGUUGGGAGGACUCAAGCAGAUGAUUAAGGAAGGAGGUGUGACUUCUCUAUGGCGAGGAAAUGGAAUCAACGUGAUAAAGAUUGCCCCCGAAACCGCCAUCAAAUUCAUGGCCUACGAACAGUUUAAGAAGCUACUGACACCGGAGGGAGAGAAAGUCCAGACUUACCAGAGGUUCAUGGCUGGCUCCCUGGCAGGUGCCACUGCCCAAACAUCCAUCUACCCAAUGGAGGUAAUGAAGACCAGACUGACUCUCGGGAAAACCGGCCAGUAUAAUGGAAUGUUGGACUGUGGCAAGAAGAUUCUGAGGACAGAAGGCAUGAAAGCCUUCUAUAAAGGCUACACUCCCAACAUGAUAGGCAUCAUUCCCUAUGCUGGCAUUGACCUGGCUGUUUACGAGAGCCUGAAGAAUGCCUGGUUGUCCCACUAUGCCAAAGACACAGCCAACCCUGGAAUCCUAGUGCUCUUAGGUUGUGGCACCAUCUCCAGCACCUGUGGUCAGCUGGCCAGCUACCCUCUUGCCUUGCUUCGCACACGCAUGCAGGCACAAGCAACUCUGGAUGCAUCAGACAAGUCCACAAUGACUGGCCUGGCAAAGGGAAUCAUGGCUAAAGAGGGCUUCUUUGGACUCUAUCGAGGCAUCCUACCUAACUUCAUGAAAGUGAUCCCUGCUGUGAGCAUCAGCUAUGUGGUCUAUGAGUACAUGAAGACUGGCCUAGGAAUCUCUAAGUGAUGCAAGGACAGACAGGAUGGUCUUCUACGGUCACACGCCGACAACCAAAUGUUGCAAUCGCUCUCUAUGUACUGAUCAUUGCAAAGAGAAGUAAUGAAAUUAGGUCAUCAGUAGACUUUGACAAUGGCGUUCUACCAUCUAACUCAUUUUAUGGUGCAAUAUACCUGCGAAUGGCUGCAUAAUGGAUCCUAAACAGGGAUUCAAUUGUGUGGGAGCCAGCAGGAGCUGAGCUCCUGCACAUAUGGUCUAAAGGAGACCUAGGAGGGAUGAGCUACUUCCACUUCUACCGGCCAGCAGUUAAACAUUUUAAAUACAACUGGAAAGUAGAAGUUAGUGCUCCCCCACUUCCCAAAUCCCAGUUUUAACACCUGAUCCUAAAGUAUAGAGGGUGAGAGGACAAGGUGUUGAUAUAUUCAGGUGAACACGAUGACCAAAUUUUCAGAGAACAUUUCUGAACUGAUUGAGAAAAAGAAAAGCAGUACAAAAUAAUGGGGUUUGGCCAAUAUGUCUGAAUGUUCUGACAGCACCACAUAUCAUUGCUAAGUGAUAACUCCGCUUCAGGAUAGUUUUCAAAACUACAUGGAUGUCCAUUGAAAGUAGAUAUCCGAGUUGUGGACACCACAACAUAGUAGGCUAUAGAGUAGAAUAUGCAAUGUCCUGCAUGGGAAUAUGUACAAAUAUUUCAGUGAGUGUUAUUUUAUUGAGAAUCAAUGGAAGCACUACCUUAUUGUUUAAUCAGCUACUGUCGAUAUGUGUUGUAAAACAUGACCAAACUCUCAAAAUGCAUGGCUUUGGUUUGGGUGUACCCUAACAUCAGGAAUACAGUGUAGGCAUAGUAUAGUCAUUCAAAAUAUUACUGUGAGUAAACCAUCGACUGGCCAGGACAUCUGUUUCCAGACGUGUAGUUCAGUUAGUAGAGCAUGGUGCUUACAAAGCUUACAGCUGUAGUAUCAACGCACAAAUACCUGUGAAAGUAUAAAAAGCCAUUAUGGAGGUGGAAUGACAGAGGUAAAAACGCGCUGAGGCUCCCAGGCCUCCCUCAGGACGCACAAUAUACAACAGAGACAGAUACACUUGAUUGGACAAAUGUUAAGGGCAGUUGACAAUAUAGACCAACCGAAAGAAUUAUCAACAACACAGAAAACAGUGAGUAAUAGAAUGAAAGAAAUAUAAAAUAAAGAAACUAAUACAAAAAUUAAACAAGUGACUAAAGACGGCAAGACAUUGGGCUGGAGAAACAAAUGAAUAAUGCAACUGUUUCUGUUUUUUCAAAUUAGUAUGAAAAAUGCCAUGUCCAACAUUAUUCAUACCCCUUGAAUCUGUUGAAUCUGAAAAGUUGUGAAAGUUUCUAUACCAUUCAUAACGGUCUUGUCAUUUACACCAUGAGAGCUUUCUAAUCACCUGUAAGUUGAGAACAGCUGAACAGCAGUAGUUGUCUAGUCAGUUACUAGUCAACUGCAAGUCAUGGCUAAGAACAGAAAUAGUUAUGUUAUCCAUUUGUGUCUCCAGCACAAUGUCUUACCAUGUUUUGUCCCUUGUUUAUGUUAUUUCCAGCCUAUUCAAACCUAUUGGUCAAAUAAAAAUGCACAACGGCUCAAAACUUGGCAUUGAAAUUAAUACUUUUGGGCUUAACUGUAUAUACCUGAGCAUGUGUGCAGUUUUCCCCACUCCAUAUCAAAUGAUUUGGCAGAUGGCCUUCAUAGUGCCACUUAUAUUGCACACAUUAUGUCUUACAAUUACUGUGAACACCAGGUUUUAUUAAGAUUUAAAUAUCUGUGUCUGAUUUCUAGAUAUUUAUACGUUAUACUUUGCCCACAUAAACAUUAAUUGGUCUGCAAUGGCCAGGUUUAAAAAAAAAAGUUGUACUCUGGAAAAUAUAAGUAACAAAAACAAGUUUCAUACAAAUCCAUCAGGGCAGAUUUGGUGGGUCAUCGAGUCAAAUCUGUUCCUUUUGUGGAGGUGGACCUGUGUACCAAAUGUUACAACUUUACUUCACACAGACUGAAGAAUGUGAGCUUUUGAAAAGUCAGCGUAAGACAUGUUAUAGCUCCACAAUAACUGUUACUGUUCAGAUUCUUGUUGAUGUUACUUCUGAGUGAGUCUGGUUGCCAUAACCUGCUUAUUGGUACUGGUUUGAUUCAAACAGACCAGACCAUUUAUCAAACUAUAUGCAUUUGCUACUGUACAGUAAGUCGCUCUAGAAAAGAGGGCUUGCUAAAUUACUAAAAUGAAGACUACUGAUUGAUCAGCUCAAACUUAUGAUGAUCUAAUGAUUCUGAGCAUUUUUAAAUGGUCUAUUUGUGAGUUUGAGGUGGGUUUUUUGUCAACAAUAUAAUUUACAAGUUAAGAGAAUAUGACACUUUAAAUUUAUUUUUUACUGGACAUUUACUUUAACUAUUGUGUUAUCACACAAGAAUAACUAAUUUAUUUUUCUGUGGGAAAUAUACAAUUAUUUAAGAGUGCCUGUAUAGUUAAAAGGGCUUCCAUGCAAAUACAGCUAAUGAGUCAUGACUAAGGCUAAGAGAAAAUGUGAAAUAAUAACGUUGGAUAUUACAUGCAUGUCUGUGCACACUCAAAAACAAAGACACAAAAACCAUUUGCAUGCAUUCUUACACACAGUGUACCCACGCACACACACACUCAGCCCCAAAUUAUUACACACACCUCUUCUUAUGCAUGCCAUCCACACAGUAAAUAUUUGUACUUCUUGAGGCCAAUGGUUGCUGUGUUGCCUCAGUGUCUUUGUCUCAUUUAAGUUUGAUAAUGUAUUAGGCUACUGAAUUUAUAUCACAAAAAUGUGUGAACGUUUCUUCAGAGCUGACAAGGCUGAAAGGAAAAACAAUGCAUGUGUUGUAUGUAAAAACAAAUGUUUACAGACCGUUGUCCAUAAAUAAAUGUUGACAGUGGAA